AUGGAACAAAUCACAUAUGGUGCAAGCAGCGGUAUCUUUAAGAUCGAAAAACCUACUAUUCUCAAGUGCCCUUUCCCCGGCUUUGAAGAUGACCUGCGCUGUGAACAACGAGCCUAUGAGCUGCUGGGUCGACAUCCACGGAUAGCCCACUACUACGGUCGCUUUAACAACGUCGGGUGCGAGCUGGAAUACUACCGGAACGGCUGCAUCGACAAGAUAAUGACAACAAUGCACGGAGAACUACCAUAUCUCAAAUGGGCGGAACAGAUCGCUGAAGCGCUGGUCUUCAUGCACAGCAAGGGCAUCAUCCACUGUGACCUGCGAACACCUAAUAUCCUUGUUACCGAUACCUUCGACAUCGUCCUUGCCGACUUUGCCUCGUGCUGUAUAGAUGGGGUGAAGGUGUCUACAGUGACAAAUACAGCUAGAUACCGCCCGCCCAGCUGGGAGAAUUAUAAAGAAUAUAAAGUUUCCCUUCAGAAUGACUUCUUUGUGUUUGGCAGUGUGGUUUAUUUUUUGAUUACAUAUGAAGCACCCUAUAAAGAUUUAGAAGAUCAUGAAGCUAUUAAGCUUUAUACGGUGGGGAAAUUUCCCGAUGUUUCUAGGUGGCCAUUAGGUCGUCCCGCAGCUCAUAAAUUUCGGCGACUGGCUGCUGUGGCGCCGGCUCAGCUAUCACCUCUAUCCAUCUUUCCCGGCCGUGCUUAUGGUGAACUACAGAAUGAAACAACGCAAGAGUGCGCUGAAAUCCGAACAAUGGCUGGUCUGCAUCAGGAGGGAUGCAUCCUGGGCAAAACCUAUAUCCGCACAGGAGGGUUUUCCACUCUGAAGGGAUGGUAUAACAUAUUGGACAUUGACAGCGAUGUGCUGGAGAGCAGCCCGAGACAAACACCCUGCGACUGCCCCCAAUCCCUUGGUAUAAAUAGAGGGCCCCCUCCCCCUCCAGGACCGUCUUCCUUUUCACUUCUAAACAUAACCCAAGCGCCCCCGGUCCUGGUUAGCAGCCGGGGCAGUAUCCCGCAUCCUGAUAUGCAAUCCAGCGAAAUUCACACAGUAUUUGAAGCAGGGUCCGCGAAGGUCAGGGCGCUGGAAGGAGAAGUGCGGCACCUGAAGGAGCGGAACACCGAGCUAGAAACCAAGCACCGUGCAGAACUGAGCAGGAGAAAAGAGGAGAUUCUCAGACUUGAGGCUGAGGUCAUCUAGCUGGAAUAUCGCUGUCAAUGUCCAAUAUGGGAGAUUAUCAUGCAAUUGCUGUAAAAGUGCUAUGGUUAGAAGUGGCCCGU